AAUCUAACCUCAAAAACUCCACAUGUUUGUUACAAACUGUUCUUGUUUUCAACCGUCAUGGAAAUCAAACUUAAAAAUUAGUUAAAAGGCUUAAAUUACGUUGAUUUAAUUUAUAUAAGUAGUGUAAUUAAUACAUAAGAAGUUAUCUUCUAUUACUAGGUGUUGAUGUGUUACAAUCGAAGUUAAAAUGACAAAUAAAACUUUUGCAAAACGCAAGUUACCGGUGGAGGAAAUUAAAGAAGAGAAAGAAGUUUUAUCAGAGGAAGAAGAAGACGAUGACUUGCUAAACACAGUUAAUGGUGAAGAUGAAGACAGUUCCGACUCGGAUGUUGAAUAUUCUGAUAGUGAUGCUGAAGUAGAAGAAGAAUCAGAACAAGAUGUAGCUGAGGAAUCCAGUGAUGAGGGUGAAAGUGAAGAAGAUGAAGAACUUGAUGAAGAAGAAGAUGAAUCUGAUAAUAUUACUGAAGAAAGUGAAGUUGAAGAAGAAGAAGAAGAGACUGCACCAACAACUACAUCAAAUUCCCUAAAGAAAUUAUUAGCAAAAUCUUCAGAAUCAUCAAAAACUGAAGCAGAAAACAAAGAUGAAUAUGAAAAUGAUUCCUCAGAUGAAGAAGAUAUCAGAAACACAGUUGGCAACAUACCAAUGAACUGGUACGACGAAUACAAACACCUUGGCUAUGACUGGGAGGAAAAAAUUCUCAAACCAGAGAUGGGCGAUCAACUCGACGAAUUCUUGAAAAAAAUGGAAGACCCUGACUUCUGGCGGACUGUAAAAGAUCCACAAACAGGUCAGGAUGUUGUCCUGAGUGAAGAAGACUUGAAUUUAAUUAAAAGAAUCCAAGGACAGCGAAUCCCAGAUGAACAGUUCGACGAAUAUGCUCCGUGGAUUGAAUGGUUCACAUCCAAAGUCGAACAAAUGCCGUUACGUAAAUUCCCCGACCACAAACGCUCAUUCCUACCAUCCAGAACCGAAGCAAAAAAAGUCUCCAAACUAGUCCACGCAUUAAAAAUGGGCUGGAUCAAAACCCUCGCUGAAAAACAACAAGCACGCGCCAAGAAAUCCCCACAAUUCUACAUGUUAUGGAGUACAGACGACCAACAAGAGGAAGAAAUGCGUCGUAUUCACAAACACAUCGCCGCACCAAAACGCCACAUGCCCGGACAUGCCGAAUCAUACAAUCCACCACCCGAAUAUCUCUUCGAUGAGAAAGAACUCAAACAAUUUGAACGUCUGAAGAACGCGCCAUGGAAACGCAAGCUACAUUUCAUCCCACAGAAAUUCGACUCUUUACGUAAAGUCCCAAGUUAUCCUAGAUUCAUGAAAGAGAGAUUUUUGCGUUGUUUAGAUUUGUAUCUUGCACCACGCGCGAUAAAAAUGCGUUUGACGAUUGAACCUGAAGCAUUGGUACCGAAGUUACCAAGCCCUAGAGAUUUACAACCAUUUCCAACAGUACAAUCGAUUGUUUACGAAGGGCAUAAAGAUAUGGUUCGAUCUAUUAGUGUGGAUAAAAGCGGGCAAUAUCUUGUUUCUGGUUCGGAUGAUUGUACAAUCAAACUGUGGGAGGUGAAUACAGGUAGAUGUAUUAAAACAAUCGAAGUGGAAGCGACUGUUAGGUCAGUCGAAUGGUGUCCGAAUGCUGCUCUAUCCUUAAUUUUAGUCGCUGCUAAUAAUAUGGUGCUUUUAAUCAAUCCACAUGUAGGUGAUACUUUGGUUUGCGAGAAAACUGAUGAGUUAUUAAAGGAAGCACCGAAAUCCGAACAGAUUGUAUCAGAAAGAGUGAAAACAACUGUUCAAUGGGAGGACCCCAAUGAAACGGAGUAUAAAAAAGGUAUAAGGAUGAUUCUUAAACAUUUUAAACAAGUUGCACAGGUGACUUGGCAUGGUAAAGGUGAUUACUUCGCGACAGUUAUGCCUGAAGGUGCGAAUCGUUCAGUUAUUAUUUCGCAAUUAUCCAAGAGGCGAUCGCAGUUGCCUUUUACUAAGAGUAAAGGUCUUGUACAGUGUGUGUUGUUUCAUCCGACGAAACCUAUGUUGUUUGUUGCAACACAGCGACAUGUGAGGAUUUAUGAUUUGGUUAAGCAGCAGUUGUUGAAGAAGUUGAUGACGAACUCGAAGUGGAUUUCCAAGAUGGCGGUGCAUUCGGGUGGAGAUAACUUGUUGGUUGGGACGUAUGAUAGGAAGAUUCUGUGGUUUGAUUUGGAUUUGAGUACGAAACCGUAUCAGACACUGAGGCUGCAUGGUACUGCUGUGAGGGGCAUUGCUUUCCAUAAGAGGUAUCCGCUGUUUGCAUCCGGGAGUGAUGAUAGGAAUCUUAUCGUUUCUCAUGGGAUGGUUUACAAUGAUCUAUUGAAAAAUCCACUGGUUGUGCCUUUGAAACGCAUCCAAGAUCAUGAAGAAUUUAACGAUUUUGGCAUCUUCGACGUGAAAUUCCACCCCCUGCAGCCCUGGGUCUUCUCAUCCGGCGCAGAUUCAACUAUUCGACUUUAUUGCAACUAAUUUUAAGCAUAAAAUCUGUUACUAUUACAAAAAACAAUCAGAAAUACAACAUAAACGCCUACACACCUACACAAACUAUACAAUAUUGUUAUAAUUGUUUAAAGAGAGUUUCUGAAUAUUUUGUAAAUGUAAACAUUUCGUUUUA